AUGGCACAACCAUCAGAAAACCCACCACUGACCACCAAUCUCUAUAACACCCCUCGAGUUGUCACCACCACUGGAGUCACCACCGCCAGAGAUUUGGAACACCGCCGGCUUCGUCUUGCUCCUCCGACGACGCUAAUGAUUCUGCCUUGCUCCUUCUCCGACGACCAUUGGAAUAAUAGAGUAGUCACCGAACCACCAUUAGAACGCCACUUGAAACCAUAUCAGAUCUGUCACGAAGAAGACGAAAAACUGGCGUUCGUUUGUAGAUCGUCUCCGGCAGCAGUGUAG